CUUGGUAGUGUUGUAGACAUGUACUUGAAGUGGUGUUAUCACAUUUGCUUGUUCGUCUGUAACAAUUGCAUAACCCAAUGACUACGCCAUAUGUUACAAAAAUUGCAACCAUUCUUUAUCUUUUUCAUUUUCAGCGUUUUUUUUUCUUUUCAUUUUCAGCUUUGUGAUGUAAGAGAGUGACGGUUAUCUUCCCCAUAAAGAAAACAAAAUGAGACUAGUAUUUAAAUAUACCAAGAUAGUUUACAUUCAUGUAAGAUCUGCUAAAGUAAGUUUUAUGAUUCUAGCAAAACAUGGAGAAGUCUAUGUCUCAUGGUUCCAAGUUCUCUUCAAUGGGGUAUGCAAACAUGGAGAACAAAUGGGUAUUCUCAUUACUAAUAACACCUCUUGUUUGCGUUUUCCUCAUCGUAACUUACUUCAACAUGAGUCUAUUAUUGUCUUCACUUCGACCACCACUCAAUGAAGCUUUCCCACAUUCCAAAGUUGACAAUCUCCCACGUUUCGCUUACCUUGUGUCGGGAUCUAAAGGAGAUCUUGAAAGCCUUUGGAGAACUCUUAGAGCAUUGUACCACCCAAGAAACCAAUACAUUGUCCACAUGGAUCUUGAAUCACCCAUUGAAGAGAGACAAGAGCUGGCUUCUCGCAUUAGUAACGACUCUAUGUAUUCAAAGAUUGGUAAUGUUUAUAUGAUAACUAAAGCUAAUCUUGUGACCUAUACCGGACCAACAAUGGUGGCGAAUACUCUUCAUGCUUGUGCCAUUCUUCUUAAGAGAAGCCCUGGCUGGGACUGGUUUAUCAAUCUCAGUGCUUCGGAUUAUCCACUUGUGACUCAAGAUGAUUUGUUGUAUACGUUUUCAACUUUGGACCGUAACCUCAACUUUAUCGAGCACACAACUGACUUAGGUUGGAAAAACAAAUACCGAGCAAUGCGAUUAAUGAUUGAUCCUGCACUCUACAUGCUAAACAAAUCAAACAUUUUUUGGGUCGGGCCUGGUCGAAGUUUACCAAAUGCGUUUAAGUUACAUACCGGAUCAGCUUGGAUGGUUCUCUCGCGCCCAUUUGUGGAGUAUAUCAUUUGGGGUUGGGACAACUUACCAAGAACUUUACUCAUGUAUUACACAAACUUUGUUUCUUCUACUGAGUUUUACUUCCACACAAUCAUAUGUAACGUGCCUGAGUUCUCCAAAACUGCGUUGAAUCAUGAUCUUCACUAUAUUGCGUGGCACAGACCACCGAGACAGCAUCCUCGCUUGUUGUCCUUAACAAACAUGAGACCGAUGAUUGCGAGCGGUGCUGCAUUUGCUCGAAAAUUCAGUAGAAACGACAGUGCUUUGGAUAGGAUUGAUAAGGAACUGCUUAUGCGUACGAACCAAGAGGGUUUCACUCCUGGGGGGUGGUGUGGGAAACAUGAGUGCUCGGUUGUGGAAGACGUGGCUAGGAUUAAUCCUGGAUCAGGAGCAGAGAGGCUCAAGGGGCUUGUAGAUAGGUUAGUUUCAGAAGCUAAAUCAGGAGAAAGUUGUAGGAAAGUUAACUUACUACAAUGGGACAAAGGAUAUUUGUAAAAAUAGUAAGAAAAUAAAUCUAAAUUACCAUAUUGAACUAAAUUGAUAAAGAUGAAUUGCAGAGUCAAGAUGAUAAUCUAUUUCUUUAAAUCUUUAAACGUUUCAUUGUGACGGUUCUAUAGUGCACAAAUUCUCAGGAUACAACUGCGGUUUUUCUAUCUUCCAACACCAAAGAUAGAAUCUAUUGAACAUUUUUAUGUGUUAUACUCUCGGAUACCAAAAAAAAAACUAAAAAUAAUAAUAGCAUGUGACGGAUUUAGUAUGAGUUGAUUAAUUACUUGGCUUCUUUCGAAUGAAAGGGGGAUGGCUCUUUUGUAGCUCAUAUGGUAAAAAAGAACCAUAAAGUGGAGAUUUGAGAAUUGACUCUCACAUUAAUCAUUUGACAAAUAUUAACUUACUACAAAAAAAAAAUCACAACUGAUUUUUGUGUAUGCUGAAUGGUCCAUAAUAAUAAUAUUAAUAUCAUAAAAUUAUAAUAAUAUUCUUUUUAUUUUGUCAAACCAACUUGGAUUUUGACAUAUGGUUACACUACUUCAUUGUGUCCAACAUUCGGUUAUUUUAACGAAAUUUUUCGCCAAAAACACUUACCGAAAAUAGUAUAAAACCAUUUUGUCAAAAAAGAAUUCCAAAAAAUCAGUGUUAAUAGUCAAGAAAUAAAUCUUGGAGAUAAUCUUGCAGUAAGGCUAAAUAUACAACACAGGUUGUAUUCCAUCGUAUAAACUCAAGAUUACUUGUACGUCAAGUAAACCCAAGUAAACCUAGUGGUUUUAUUAGGGCUUGCAAAUAUUACUAUACAAAUAUAAUCUAGCAAAACCUCCCAUCACCAGACAAACUAUGAGAAUCACCAACACUUCUGAUGAGAAGUUCUGCCAUGUUAGUCCUAUAAGGUAACGAUUGCUAAGAACACAGAGAGACAUAGAAUGUUGUUCAUUGUCAGUUAUUGAGAUACGAAUUAAUUUUGUUUAAUUGGAACUCUAUUCUCACAGAGCAUUUAAUACUAAGACAUAGGAGUAUUUUAUUUUGAUCUAGUUGUUGAGAUUCACAAAAGGACCCCAAAGAAAUAUAAAAAAGUGAGAAGAUAUAAGAUGGUCUUUGAAGAUCGAUCACAUUAGCUAUGGGUCGUUUCACAGAACACAAGUGUUGUAAGUUAUUGAUGUACUAAUUAAUUUUGUUUAACUGGAACUCUAUUCUCACAGAGCAUAAACUAAAACAUAUUUUAUUUUGAUGGUUGAAAGCUUUUAAAGAAAAGACAAGACUCUAGACUCAACUCAAUCCCAAACUUAAUAUUCUAUAUUUUGAGGUGGAAAAAAGUUAGGGGCCAUGAUUCUUUCAGUAAGAGUUGUGAUGGAAGAAUCAGCAAGCUUGAAAAAUGAAAUCUCCAUGACAUCCAAGAUAUAGACAUGGUUAGGGCUCACGCCAGGAAAAGAGCUAGCACGGA